GUAUCGAGAAGGUUGGCAGUAUAUCUCACCUGAAUCUGUUUUUAGCGCUCCAUUAACUUGGUUUCGUGGCCAAGCAUGUGCUCCAAUUAAAAAUAGGAGAUCCCAAAGCCAUUGUUCAUAAAAAAACAAUGCAGGAAAACAAACUAAAGGUGAGAGCAGAAAGCACGGCAUUCGUUUUACAUUGGGGGUGGGAGCUCCACUAUCAUAAAGAUGACGAAGAUGAAGAUAAAAAAUUAAGCAAAACCAGAGAAUGGUUAUGUUGCGUUUUAUCAGGAUUCAACUGUAUAGAUUUUGAGUCAAUUGUAUUGAUUCAUUUUUUAUGAAUGGGUUCCAUGCCUGAAACAUACAGAAUAAGAAGAAUCACAACAAAUAAGCUCAAAUCAGAAAACGAGGAUUUUAAUAGCUUCGAUUCGACAAAGUUCAAGGGAUUUGAACAAAAUGAAGUAGAUCUUGAUGAUGGGUCAUUUGGGUCUGAAGAGAGCAGAUCCAAACAGCCAAGUGCAAGGAGUAGAUGGAGGAGGCUCAAGCACACAGUGAGUUUAGUUAAUCAUAUAACUGCCAACAUUAAGAGCAAUAAUGGUGGUGCAGGAGGUGUAGGAGCUGCAACGUUUGAAGGAGUGAGUACAAAAUUAUCAGGUGGAAGGCUCAAGGGCAGAAAAGGCAUGGAAGAGCUAGUAAUAAGACAGAACAAGAGCUUCGUAUCUUUGGUCCAGGACUUGUAUGUCGCCUGCCUGAAGUUGCCCAUCCUUCACUUCUUAAUGGGAGUAUUUCUAUCUCCAGUUCUGCUUGGAUUGCUUUUCAUGCCCUUAUACUUUCUGGAUAUUGAUGGACUCAGAUUUGAUGGAGUCAUGGAUGAGGUGAACCGUACUGCAUCAUCAACACAAUGCUACCUUUUCAUUUUAAAUGUUUUUCUGUAUGCAUUAUCACUUUCAACAACAUUUGGUGGUUCCCCAGUUGUUGCGGUUUCUCCAUUUUGCCUCGUUGUGGCAAAUGUCAAUACUUUGAUGGCACAAUUCUUGUUUGUGUUUCUAAGUGGCGCUGUUUUUGCACGCAUGUCACAGCCAUCACAUCCUAUCCGGUGUGCUAAGAAGGCAAUAAUCAAGACUGAUGAUGUUACAAUCAAUCCUGCAGAAGGUCUUGAUGAAAUGUUUAGGGUAUUUGCAGUAAGAUUGGUUUUGACUGGACCAACACCAUGUGAGCUUGUUGAUGCAAAGAUAUGCUUGACGUUUAGAAUAUUCAAUAAACUUCCAGAUGGUUCUACAUUUUGUUCCACUCACGAUUUGGAGCUAGUUCGCCCAGAGGUUUCAUACCUUCGAUAUGGGGUUAUGGUACGCCAUGUGAUCAACCAAAAAAGUCCCGUCUACGGGCACACUUUGGAAAGUUUGAAGAAAGGGGAUGCUUCAUUUUCACUCACAGUUAUGGGAUUAGAAAGGUCAUCGAUGCAGCCAAUAUUUCAUUUGGAGGAUUAUUUUGUGUCAGAUGGUGAGGUGGUUUGGGAUGGUGAUUACGUUGAUUUCAUUCACAUAAAUGACAAGGGUCAGCGUGUGCUUGAUCACACCACUAUUGACCUUUUAAAAUUGAACAAGGUAUCUUCAGGAAGCACUCAAUCUGUUUCUCAACAUGUAGAUACUACUCGAAAGAACAUGGAGCCAUGUGUGCCAAGAAGUAUUAGCGGCCAGGGUAGUUUAUCUUUCAGAGAUUUGUGGGCAGGUGCCAUUAAUCAACAAAGGUUAUUCAAGUGCAAGUCUACGUCUUUUACACGAGCCGGUUAUUGAUUAAUUUUGUAUUAUGUUAUAUUUAAUUUGUUGCUGCAUGGUCAUCCUUAAUUGUAAUUUUUUACCAUGCAUGUAAUCUGCAAAGUUGUUUAAUAACGAUGUUCAACUGGAAUGCUUCUUGUAAUUUGAUCUUUAGAGGCCAAGAAAAAUAAGUGCGCUGAAGAGAUUCAUGGGA